UCCGCCUCCUCCUCUCUUGCCUGCAGCCGAGCGUCCCUUCCCCCACUGUCGGGUUUCUCCGCGGCUACUGCAGAGGGUUCAGAGCCGAGUAGCUGAGGAGAAGGAGGAGGAGGCUCCCGUCCCUGCGCGCCAUCCACCACCCUGCUGGACACGGACGAGGGAACGAGAGCGUCGCCGCUGUAGCCUCCAGACAAGGGCACCGCCGCCUCCGCUGCCGCCGCCGCGGUUUUCGCCUGCAGCAGCUCGCUGGAUCCUCAGUCUUCCACAAUGAACCCCGUUUACAGCCCCGUGCAACCUGGGGCUCCUUAUGGCAACCCUAAGAACAUGGCCUAUACUGGUUACCCCACUGCCUACCCGGCAGCUGCCCCUGCCUACAAUCCCAGCCUGUACCCGACCAAUAGCCCCAGUUAUGCUCCAGAGUUUCAGUUCCUGCAUUCAGCUUAUGCCACUCUGCUGAUGAAACAGGCCUGGCCACAGAACUCAUCCUCCUGUGGCACUGAAGGCACCUUCCACCUCCCCGUGGACACCGGAACCGAGAACCGAACUUACCAAGCAUCCUCUGCGGCUUUCAGAUAUACUGCAGGGACACCAUACAAGGUCCCACCGACCCAGAGUAAUACUGCUCCGCCCCCCUACUCCCCAUCACCCAACCCCUAUCAGACGGCCAUGUAUCCAAUCAGAAGUGCCUAUCCCCAGCAGAAUCUGUAUGCCCAGGGAGCCUACUACACACAGCCCGUGUAUGCCGCCCAGCCCCAUGUCAUCCACCAUACCACGGUUGUCCAGCCCAACAGCAUUCCCUCUGCCAUCUACCCAGCUCCUGUUGCUGCCCCCAGGACCAACGGUGUGGCCAUGGGCAUGGUGGCAGGCACCACCAUGGCAAUGUCAGCAGGUACCCUGCUGACCACACCCCAGCAUACUGCAAUUGGAGCGCACCCUGUCUCCAUGCCCACAUACAGGGCCCAAGGAACCCCUGCGUACAGCUAUGUGCCCCCGCACUGGUAAAGCCUGCAGCCCAUCCAAAUCUGGAGUCACAUUGUAUGCAACUACUCGAGUCUUACACCGGUGCUGGAGCAGUCCCCUAGCAGCACCACCUCUAUUUGCAAGAAGAGACAACGGAAGUGCAAGGGUCACUUUAUGCAUCUUUAAUGGUUUUGAUUUUUAUUUUUGGUUUUUGUAAAAGCUGCUUUUUCUAAUCUCCUAGGAGCCUUCCCCUCGUGCCUCCCUCUUAGCCACUGCCCUCUGGCCCUAGCCCCUCUCCCUACCUAACCAGGCCCAGUCCUCUCUGCACUUCUUUCCUUCCCUAAGCAUCCUAUCCCUGGGAUCCCGGCCUGUUAGCAAACGGAGAGUGAGGUUUAUUGUGGUGGUUCACCUGAAGGCUAAAUUUAACAGAUGUGGCCCUCAGGUCUGGGGUAGGAACUUGGAGCUGUUGAAAAGGCCACAUCUCUGUUAGAUUGUCAUUUUCUAAGGCAAGAUUAGUUCAAAUACAAAGAAAUAUCUUCUGAGAACCAUCACAAGAGACCAAGAACAAACCCACCUGGUUAUGUAGCAAUGUUAUCAGCAGCUUCGUGUCCCCAGGCUUCUUACCUGGGAGAGCAGAGACUUUGGGGAAGGGUGGAGGGAGGGGAGACACUGGGGAAGUAGAGUAAAGACAGCGAAGGAGGGUGCUCGGCUCUCGUUUGGAAGGUCUCUGGCCACAUUACUGGGCCUGGACCUUUGGAUUUGCACAGUGAUGUUAACUGACCUGGCACUUCCUCCAGAGAUGCUUUGAUCUCAGACCUGCCAAACAGUUGCAUGGUGGUGGGAUCCCAGCAUCCAGAGGCUUCAGAAGGCCAGGUGUCUGCAUAAUCCCACCCUCAGCCUCUGGUACCCACCCUCAAGGAGCGUCCUCUUGAUGAGAGUGGGAACCGGUGACAUUUUUCCCUUGCCCUUCUGCCCUUCCCAGUGCCAGGUGCACGUGUCUGUCUGUGGGGCUGGCAGGCAGGCCAGGCUCUUGGUUACCUUGUGCCAUUUUACGGCCAAAGUGAAGGAACCACAUUCCAGGUGGGCGCUGGCAGUUCUGAAGGUCAGGAUUAGUGAAGGAAAAACAAUAGCAAUAAUCAUUUCAUACUCAUGGAACUGAAGGGACCUUAGCAUUCAUCAUCUCAUCCAUUCCCCUAUUUGACAGAUGAGGAAACUGAGGCCCAGAGAAGUGGAAAGGACUUCUCUGAAUCUCAUAGUAAAUUAGCAUUAAAUGCAGCCUUCCUACCUACUGGCAUUUUCCCUACAGAGAUUUUGCUAGGAAUGGGUCGGCUUGGUUUGUAAAAAUUAAGUCAGCAGUGCCCACAUCUGGUGAGCUCUGGAAUGACCUCUGGGCUUGUUUCUGCUCUUUUCCUUCACGGACUCCAAAGGUGAAGGUUGAAGCCUAGGCAGAGGCCGCAUAGGGCAGAUGGCAGGAACAGAAAUUAUAUUUGGAAAACCUGUGAAGACACCUGUAAUGUUCAUCCCGAACCUGACUCCACCUCCAGAAAAAGGAGCAGGUGGACUGGCUUGAAAGAGAGGCUGUGCCCUUAGGAUAGUAGCCCUUUAUUCCAAGAAGAGAGGAAGAAUGGGAGCCACCAAAAGAGAAGGACAAGGAUGAGGCCAAGCAGACACAACCACAUCUGGGAAAAGAAGAGGGAUCCCUGCCAGGAAAUGGAUCGGCCAGCCACCCUCCUGAUCCCAGCCAGCAGAGCCGGUAGCCUCACUGGGUGGAACAGGAAUAUCGUACUGUGUAAAAUUGGAUCACUGGCAACAUUUGAAACUCGAACUCUUUUCAUUUUAAAUUCAUGUGAACUUGGACAUCACCUUCCUAUUUCCCUUGUUCCACUAAAGGAAGAAAAAAAUGGAAACCCUUAACCUGGACGACCUCAAAAACAGUCUGAUUGUUCUUGGGAGGUCAGAGUUCAUCAGCAUCUGUAUCAGAGAGCCAGAAGUUAGGGCUCCUACUUUUCUGGUCUUCCAGGAACUUCAGGACCAGGAAGAAAAAGCUCAGCUGUUCUGGGGUGCUGACAAGGUUUCAGUUUAAAACAGUUUUCCAGUGUCAAUCUGCUUUUACAAUGACUUUUCCUGCCCUCUGUGGGUUUGUAGAGGUGGGUGAAGUUUGCUAGCGAUCAUGUUUGAAAAAAAUGCCAAACUAAUAACGGUGGUAAUAAUUAUAGGGUACAUUUGCAUGUGUCAGGUGCUUCAUGGAUGUCAAAGCACUUCACAACCUUUAAUGUACUGGCCCAGACAACAAGCAACAGGGUCAGUUAUUCCACCCACUUGACAAGUGAGGAGAUAGAUUCUAAAAGGAAAUGAAAUGGCCCAAAGUGAGCUGUAUGCUGCAGUCCUGGCAGCUUCCUAAAUCCUGUGGUCUCCAGAUGACCUGGUGGAGAAAAGAGACCUAGGAAUGGCCUUUUAACAUUUGUCCUUUCCACACCAGUAAGUAAAAGCUGUCUGUGCCCCUCACUGUUUGUGUGGGUGCCUGUUAUCUACUCAUAGAGAAUCCAAGGCUCAGAAAAGUACAGGGAUUUUUCUGGUAAGGAAUCCCCUCCCGGUCCUGUUCUCAAGCCUGAUUCACACAGACUCAUUCUGACGCGUCUAUGCUCUGCACCCUACCUUAGCCCUAGUCUGUGAUUCAAGAUCAGAAAGGCCCCAAGGUGAAAACUAAGUGUUGACAUGCUGUAGUCUGAAGAGCACGAGAGCCCCAGGUCAGCUGACCUUACCCUAUUGUUUGACAGAGGUCCACAAGUCUAGCCAAGCUUAAGGAGCAGAAGGACUGAGCCCCAGAGCACAGGGUUGUGUGUGCUCCGGGUUCGGUGAACACAGCUUCUGGCAAGGUCAUAGGUAGCUGGCAGGGGAACUCUAGGUAUCAUCUAAAUAUUGUGGAUGGCCCAGUGGUCAAGGUAUAUGAGACCAGAGCUGGAAGGAUCUCUUCGCCGUAGGGUAAGGGUUGUGCACAUGACAUCUUGAGCUCCCACACUGGUAUCACCGUACACUAUACCUUGUCCACACUCCUGCCUCUCCCCAGUGCAGAACUGGGAGAGAGGUGGCUCUGUUCACCAGCCUCUCUUGUCACCAUUUAAUCAUCUUCAUCUGCCCGGGGCCAGGAAAUCUGGAAACUGGACUACUUCCAGUGAGUGAGAACCUCAAAGUCUCUUGGCAUGCUUAAAAGAAACAAACAAAACAAAAACCCUACUUUUCUUCCUAUGAGAUAAAACACCUUUUCCUUCUUGUUAUCCCAGCAAUGCCUGAAAGGGCAUACCCUCCUCCCUGAGUGUUCAUCAGGGACACACAUCUAUCUGUCCAGACCCUUUUGUAUGUAAAGUACUUUGACACUGAUUGCCAAAACCUCUAAAGAGUGGAGGGGAGCUGUGCAUCAUGAUGCUAUUACGGGGUAAGAGACUUGCCAAAGGACACACAGCUCAUGAGUGAAAGAGCCAAGAUUUGAACUCUUGAUCUUUUGCUCUUCCUGCUGCCUCCUGAGUGUAAACUUGCUUGAAGAAGGAGAGGGCUGCCUGCUACCCCACACAGAAGAAGAGUCUAUGGAGACGUGGGGAGCUCCCAUCUAUCAGCUAAGCAGAUCUGUGAGAAUUUCUGCUUUAGGUCGAGACCUGUAAUAGGCAUUGGGGACCCAGAGGUAGAUCCACCUGGUAGCACAGAUGAGAAGUUGCCACAACAGAUCCAACUCAAAACAUUGAAAGUGACACUGUCCAGUACUGAAAAUGAUUGAGGACAGUAUCAAUCAGUAUCAUCCAUCUUUCAGCUAAGAGGCUUGCUUCUGGGAAGCCUGUACACUCCUGUCCAGAUCCAUCAAAGUACUUCAAAAGGACAUGGCAUAAACUUGAACUGCUGAAAGCAUGUCUAGACUAGAGGCUUGCUUAUACACCAGUGAGAACCAGGUCCUAAAGAGACUAACUUGCAUCCCGUCUAUCCCAGUGCUUUCUGGCCAUCCGGAUUGUUCCAAGUUUGAAACCUAGGGGUGUUUCUUUAGAAGGCUUGAUGCUCUGUUCUAAAUAGCCUUCACAAAUGAGUCAUGGAAGCAUGCGGAUAGGACCGGCUCCUUGGUCACCAAGUUCUGGCAUCCUUAUUGUGCAGACAUGACACAUCAAACUAGGGAUUGGCUGAGCCAGGCUUAGUUCCCUGCAUAUCACAUAUCUUGCCCCUGCUGUGUAUGGGCUCUGGCCUUCAUAGCAUUUGGGCUGGAUCACUUGUACCAUGUGUGACUCACUAGGUCUGCCUUUCCAUCUUGUGUUAACGGUAUCACGGCUGAGUGUGUGGCCUCCCAAGCUUGAGGGACUAGAGAAGGGUACUCUGGAUUGGAGUGGACAAAGGGGAGCAUGUCAGUGGAAGAAACUUAGCCAGACUCACUGGUCAGACAACACCCGAGCCUCUAGGCAGAUUUUGUGGAUAUGCCAGGCUGGCAGCAAGGCUUGUCCUUUUCCUACCCCCGUUCCCUCUCCUAGAAAAAACACUCAUGAAAUCUGGCAUUAUGUGGUUCCAGGACUCGUCCUUCAAAAUCCCAGUAGGUCAGCUUAAACAUUUCAUGGCCAAACUUGCCUGAGCCAGAUUUAGGUCCCACUCCGUCAGUUUCUCCUGUGGGUAUUUCCUAAUUUAUAUACUGUUGAUGCCAGCCAGAAGGCCAGCCAAGAACAUAGGAGUUAAAACUGGUUGCCACAGAGCCAAAGAGGAACAUAGAAGACAAAGAAGCACUUGCUUCUCUGUGGCUGCUACAUCAGUAGUCCUUAGGUAUCCCUGCUGUGGGCAGUGUGUUCUUUUAUCCAUUCCAGUCUGAGGGAUAAUUUUCUUUCCCACGAGAACAGGUAAGACAGCUUUGCAGAUAGCAGCAGCCCAUAGGAAUCGGCUUUGGGCUAGCAUCCUCUGUCCUUGACCCCAUCUCAGUCAUCCUCCAGGCUCCAGCCAUCCUCCUCAUGCAUGAAAGUCAGAUUCAAUGAAGAAUAGGACUGGCCCAGAGACCUCAGGUCAGCCACAUCUACUGGCUUGUGAACCAAGCUCUUUACAGGGUGAUGCAAGGCUAGGCCUCCUGCACCUUGGAGUUGUCUUUGAUCUUUGAAGGCCCAGGGCCUGUCCCCUUCCUGUCUUCAAGGCAUCUGCAUCCCUUUCAUAUCACAUGACAGAGAAGCUUGUUCUCAUGGCAUGUAACAUCCCUGUGAAGAGAGCGUUGUGUAUGAUUUUGUAUUUUUUAAUUCAUUUUAACCUACAGGUUGGAAUCUAAUUUUUAAAUUUUAUUGGAACUCACAUUUUAAAAACAAAUAAAAACAUUAAAAAUAAUAAUAAUUAUAAUAAUAAA